GUAUCGAUUGAAAUAAUAUUCCAAUAAGUAGAUUUUCGCGGUCCUAAACAUAAAUUUUAAUUUUAUAAACGAUCCUGAAAAAGAAGAAUGGCUUCAGCAAGUAGCACAAGUGCGAGAUCGCUGUUUGCCGAUUCAAAAAUGCGCCUAGCUGACCGCGUACAGGUUAAUGUAAAUAACAUUUCUUCGUUGGCAAGGCAAAUAACUAGGGGUUCAAAAAGUUGCGAGAUACUAAUGCACUCCUCGAGAAAUUUCGCUGUACAAGAGCAGGCGAUGGAUAAUAGCGAAAAUAAUCUAAAAAAAAUGCAAUUGCUCUGCCUCCAUCUGGGCUACCAACAUGACUCCAUGCUGAAAUCGGCUCAGCAAUUAGAAGAAAUCAAAGAACAAGUUUGUGCUAUGCAAAGAUAAAAGAUAACUUAUUUUGGUGGUCAAUUUUCAAGUUCAAUUUUACGCAGUUGGCAUAAUUUUGAAUUUAUAUUUAAAGUUAACCUUAAAUAUUUUGUUUUGAGACAUUUUUAGCAUCGGUUGUAAUGAAAUGUGAUAGUUUUAAAUUCGUUGUAAACAGCAGUGCGUAAUAUAAGUACAUUAUACGACUUAUGUGGUAAGAUAAAUGUGCUAUUUGUAUUUAGAAUGAAUUAUUAAUAAAUUUAACCUUCUGA